AUGCCACCAAAAGGCUGGAGAAAGGAUGCGCAGGGCAAUUACCCCACCACCUCGUAUAUUAAAGAACAAGAGAACAUAACGAUUCAGGACCUAUUAUUUCCUAGAAGUGCUAUUGUGAAUUUGGCACGUGAAGUGCCACAGCAAAGCGGCAAAAAGCUGUUGAUAAAUAAAGACGCGUCAUUAGCAUUGCAGCGUGGUGCUACAGUCUUUGUUAACCACUUGCUCCUAUUUGCAAGAGAAAUAGCCAAAAGCCAAGAUAAAAAAAGCUGCAGUGUAGACGAUGUAAUGAGCGCUUUGGACCAUAUAGGGCACUCAGCACUGAAGGGUCCUGUUAGAGAUAAACUAGAUGAAUACCAAGCUGCUGUUGAACUGAAAAAAAAGGAAAAACUAGAUAGCAGCGAAAUAGAUGCUGACGGCGAUAUAGAUAUGGGUGGAGAUAGGGAAAACACGCCCGCCCAAGUGGUUAAAGAGCAUGACGAAAUUGAGGAAGAAGGCGACGCAUCACAGAACGUAGAAGAGUCCUCUGAAAAGAAACAGAAAACGGAGAAUCAGGAUGUAGACACCACAGUACGAAACCCUGAGGAAACGUCAUCCACUAUGGAAACUGUCUAG